ACAUGCAGAAUCUCCGUUUGUUUGCCCUUCAAUUUUCAAGGGAGAUCUACCAUCAGGGUGAGAGCUUUCUACAUCAGGUUCUGCUCACUGCCCAAAAGCUACAAUUACAGAAGGAGACUAUGAAAACAUUUCAGAUUAAAACACUGGAACUUGAACAAUCCUUGGAUGAGAUUAAUGAGAGAUAUAUGAAAGAAAAACGAAGAAGAAAAGUAUUGCAUAACAGCCUACUUGAGCUAAGAGGCAACAUCAGAGUACAUUGCAGAAUCCGUCCAUUCUUACCAUUUGAUGCAGCUCCUGAAGAAUCAGUCAUGGAAGACAGGCAGAGAAGCGUUUCUGAAAAUGCGAUCUGUGCAACAGAUGAUGAAACCAUCUUAGUGAAGUGCAGCCGUCCUGGUCAUGCUUUGAUAAACAAGACAUACCAGUUUGAAAGGGUUUAUAACACAUCUGAUUCACAAGUGACAGUAUUUGCAGAUAUUUCUCCUUUGCUAACUUCUUUGCUGGAUGGGUUCAAUGUGUGUAUUAUGGCUUAUGGGCAGACUGGCAGUGGGAAAACAUAUACAAUGUUGGGCCCACAGCUUGAAAACAGUUUCCGUUUCUCAGUGGAAGAUGAGAAAGAAUUAGGAAUUGUUCCUAGAGCCAGCAAAGAAGUGUUCAGGCUUCUUUCAGAAAAGUCACCAGGAAGCCAUUGGGUUGAGGUUUCUGUUGUAGAAGUGUAUAAUAAUGAAGUUUUUGAUCUUCUGGCCAAAGACAACUCUGGAAGGCUGAAUGGUAUCAAAAGGGGUAUAAUGACAAAUAAAGAAGGAAAGAAUGACAUUCCACUUCUUACCAAUGAACCUGUUGAAGAUGUUGUGGAAUUCUUGGAGCUUGUUAACCAGGGUCUACAGCUGAGGGCCAAACACUCAACCCUUGUACAUACCGAUUCAUCUCGUUCACAUCUUGUGAUAACUUUAACAAUAACCAUCAAGGCUGCCUCAGAGGAUUAUUUUGCUCCUCCUUGGACAGGUGACCAUUCUCGUCAAAAACUAGAUAAAGAACAUUUCUCCACUUCUGCUGGCUCGUCUAGAGCUUGUUCACCAGCACAGCUCUCCAGGGAAUCUGUGGAGAGACGGAAGCAAAUGAGAACAAAACUUCAGCUGGUGGAUUUAGCUGGUAGCGAAAGUGUUGGUAUGUCUGGUGUAACUGGGUCACUGCUGAGAGAAACCUCCUUCAUUAAUCGCAGUUUGUCUGCUCUAGCAGAUGUACUUGGAGCCCUAUCAGAGCAGAACUCUCACAUUCCAUAUCGAAAUAGCAAACUUACUCAUUUACUACAGGAUGCCAUAGGUGGUGAUGCAAAGUUGCUGGUGGUAUUGUGUGUCUCUCCAAGCCAGAAGUAUAUAACAGAGUCACUUCAAACCCUGGGAUUUGGGUCUCGUGCUCGGCAAGUUCAGAGAGGGCAUGCCAAGAAAAGAAAUGAACUGGUGGUGAACAAAUCCAAAUAAGACAUAAGCCUUCGGUGGAUUAAAACUUUAUUAAUGAGUUCCUCAGACUGAAAAAUAAUCUUGUUAUGAAAAAAAAAUAUAAAUUGCCUUUUAAAAUAAGUACGCUUUAAUGCUGUAUUGACAAGAUAUAAACAUGCUAAGCAAUAUUUGAUUCAAAAAUAAUUGGUGAUAUUAACAACAAAAACCUCAUAGAAUAAUGUUUUUUAGAAAGAGCAGCAAGACACUAAUGUUUAUGGGACAAAGUCUUUUGACAAAGAACUUCUAUAAUCUAAGUGGGCAGUUUUUGUGUCUACAACCUAUGGACUUUAACUUCCAGAAUCCCUAAACCAGCCAGAAUUCUGGAAGUUGAAGUCCACAAGUCAUAAAAAUACCAUAGUUGCCAACCAGUGACCUACAUGGUAGCUAUGCAGUUAGUUCCAUGGGAGUUGGCUCAGUUCUCUGAUGAACACAUGGAGAAAUGGUCACUAUCCCAACCUUUCUCCAAUAUCCACCCAUAAUUUUCUAAUUUGUCAUCUUUCAGAAGAUUUUCCCAAAGUCUUACAAUGUAACUAUAAUUGAGUAACUGGAAUAUUGACAAUGCUAUGGUUUGUUGGAAAAAAUAUACUGCCUCUGAGAAAGUUUAUUUUCCCCCCCUUAUAUAUGUAAAGCAGGCAUUCUCAAAGUUUAUGAUGCCCUG